AUGGCGAAGGUCCUUGUCACCGAUGAGGCUCGAAGAGAGUUCUCUAACCUCCGUCGCGCUUUCGAUGAGGUCAACACGCAGAUUCAGACUAAGUUCAGUCAGCUGAGCAACAAGUUUCAUGUUCCAAACAAACCAGGCAAGAAACUUCUAGAAAGUAGAGCUUUUAAAACAUACCAUGAUCAUAGCAACCAAGCAAUGGAGGUCGAUGAGAAACCUACUCAAGAUUACAAUGACAUUGGAGGAUUAGAGAAGCAGAACAUGAAGAAGUUUUUUUACUACAUACAGCUACCCAAUUUCGACAUUGCUGCUGAUGCUGCUGCCACUUUUAAGGAACUUCUGAUAAGGCACAAGUCUACAGUGGCUGAGUUUCUCAUCAAGAACGAAGACUGGUUUUUUGCAGACUACAAUUCAAAGCUUCUUGAAUCAAGUAAUUAUAUUACCAGACGGCAAGCUAUUAAGUUGUUGGGAGAUAUAUUACUGGAUCGGUCAAACUCUGCUGUGAUGACGAAAUAUGUGAGCUCAAUGGAUAACUUAAGAAUUCUCAGAGAAUCAAGCAAGAUUAUUCAGAUAGACGCUUUCCAUGUUUUCAAGGUUUUGCAGAGAGUGGUUGAGGCGCUGAACUGGAAAUCUGAGAUUAUCAUGGUCUUAAAAUCGCAGAGAGCUUUGCAAGUCAAGCUGAAGUGA